UUCCAGCGGCUCUGCGUCCUCGUUUCGAGAUGCGUCUCUGCUGUUCUCCUCACUGAGCCAGCCGGUUCAGUCGCUCCGCAGAGAGACCUGCCAAGUCCAUUUCGAUGGGAAGCUCAAGACUGAGUCGAGAUCUUCUAGCGCGAGGACUGCAUUAUUUUUAACAGUUUAAGGUGAAUGUGUCUCUAAAUCGCCUUGACCCUUGGCUGUGGGGUUGUGAGCAGCUACCAUGACAUACAGUAACACCAGCACGCCGACAGCCAACUUCAGUGAGGCUGCAGACGACUAUGGUGGAAACAUCUACCGGCCCUUCUCUGUUUUCAGCGUUCUCACACUUACUUUACUGGCAAUGCUGGUGGUGGCCACAUUUGUGUGGAACUUGCUGGUGUUGGUGACCAUCCUGAGGGUGAGGACGUUCCACAGAGUGCCUCACAACCUGGUGGCCUCUAUGGCCAUCUCGGACGUCAUGGUGGCUGCCCUGGUCAUGCCGCUGAGCCUUGUCCAUGAGCUGAACGGGAGACUCUGGAAACUGGGCCGCGUGCUCUGUCAGAUUUGGAUCUCGUUUGAUGUGCUGUGCUGCACGGCCAGCAUCUGGAACGUAACGGCCAUCGCACUGGACCGCUACUGGUCUAUCACCAGGCACUUGGAGUACACACUCAAAACUCGAAAAAAGAUCUCCAAUGUGAUGAUUGCACUCACCUGGCUGCUGUCCUCCAUUAUCUCCUUGUCACCUCUGUUUGGCUGGGGGGAGACGUACUCAGAGGGGAUGAAGUGCCAGGUGAGCCAGGAGCCAUCCUACACCAUCUUUUCCACCUUUGGGGCGUUUUACCUUCCACUUUGUGUGGUUCUUUUUGUUUAUUGGAAGAUCUACAAGGCAGCUAAAUUUCGGAUUGGCUCCCGCAAGACGAACACAAUCACGCCCAUGGCUGAGGUAAAAGAAGAAGCUCAGCAGCCACAGAUGGUAUUUACCGUGCGGCACGCAACAGUGACCUUCCAGACAGAUGGGGACACAUGGCGAGAGCAGAAAGAGAAAAAAGCGGCUCUGAUGGUUGGCAUUUUGAUAGGCGUGUUCGUGCUUUGCUGGAUCCCCUUCUUCAUCACAGAGCUCAUUGUGCCGCUGUGCUCCUGUGACAUCCCGCCGAUAUGGAAGAGCAUCUUUUUGUGGCUGGGUUACUCCAAUUCCUUCUUCAACCCGCUCAUCUACACUGCAUUUAAUAAGAACUACAACAAUGCUUUAAGGAACCUCUUCUCCCGACAGCGCUGA